ACGCCGCUGCGAGCCAAUAAAGCGUGAACCCGUCCGUCCUGCUCGCACUUUAAGACUUCCCGAGCGGACGCGAGGGACGCCAGUCGCGCCGGGAGGAGCAUACCUGCCGCUUCCCCCGCCGCCCGGUGCAUCUGGCUGAAGGGGACCUCGUUCAGACGGAGGACGGCGACAGCUCCGCGGAGUUGAAACGGGCGCGCGCCGUCCCGGGCACGGCCUCCCGGCGCAACGCGGGACGCUUUGGCGACUUCUUCUCCGACCUGCUCCCCCACCCCCCACCCCCGUCCGCCUCCAGCCCGGCCAGGGAAAGGUGGGACGGCUCCGGCUCUAGUUACGGAAGCAGCCGGUACCCGGCGAGGAGGGUUCGAAAAUGCCUCGUGCGUUUCUAGUGAAGAAGACGUGCGUCUCCACGUGCAGGAGGAACUGGAGCGAGCUCCCCGACGAGGAGCGCGGAGAGAUCUAUGUGCCAGGAGCAUCUUCCACGUUAGCUCCGAGACCUCUUCUGCGCCUUCGGUCCUCCCCCACCCCUAACAGAAUCUUUGGUCGGGAGCCAGUUUCCUUCGGAACUCCCCUUCCCCAAGCCUUGGGGGUGGGGCGCGGGAUGCGCUGAACACUCUGCCCAGCGCCUCCAACGGGGGAGAGGUUGUAAUUAACCAACCGACUUUGACCUUUGAUCUGCAUGUUCCCCCUGCAUCGCCCCGGGGCCCUGUAGGAGAGUGGUGAAAUAAGGGCGGUGAGGGGCCCUGUGAGGGCUCUUGCCUCGGUUUCUGUCCUGAAUAAAUUGUUGGAGACUGUGGGUGUAGUGGUGGCCUGACGACCGUCAGGAUCCUACGGCCUACAGGGCUGGUGGGGUGUUUCACAGCUUAGCCUUAUCUCAAGUGCCUAGGCCCCUAUCUACAGCCUCCUUAAAAGGUCGGAAUGCGCCAGUAGUCCUGAUGACCCCAAUGGGGAAACUGAGACAGAAAGGGAAGUGUGCUGCCUCCACACCCGGAGGCGGAUCAGGGUGUGGGCCCAGGAUUCUGUGUAUAGUUUCUUGCUUCUCCAAGUUCCCUGGGGAGUUAGUGAUCGGUGUUCCACCUCCAGAAGGGCCAUGUGAGGGGGUGAGGGACGCGAGCCCCCUUCCUUGCUCCUGCCUCCUCCCUCACCUGUGUCUGACUUGCUGCUUAGCUGCUCCUUGGGAUCUGAUAAACCGAACUUGGACUGUGUUAAAGUCAGCCUAGGCUUCUGCCCACCACAGCCCUACAGGGAGCCAGAGCCAUCAGUGGCCGAACCCCCUUCUUGCCCCCUGGCUUUGGACAUGAGCCUUCGGGACUCCAGCUAUAGUGUGACCCCAGGACCCUGCGUGGUGGCCCAGCUGCCCUCUGAAGACAUGAGCCGCCUGGCAGACCCACAGAGCAGGGACCAUGGCUUCCUGCGCACCAAGAUGAAGGUGACUCUGGGGGACACUCCCAGUGGAGACCUCUUCACCUGCCACAUCUGCCGGAAGGCCUUCACGUACCAGCGCAUGCUGAAUCGCCACAUGAAGUGUCACAACGACGUCAAGAGGCACCUCUGCACCUACUGCGGGAAGGGCUUCAACGACACCUUUGACCUGAAGAGGCACGUGCGCACCCACACUGGCGUGCGGCCCUACAAAUGCAGCCUGUGCGACAAGGCCUUCACGCAGCGCUGCUCUCUGGAGUCUCAUCUCAAGAAGAUCCACGGCGUGCAGCAGAAGUACGCGUACAAGGAGCGGCGGGCCAAGCUGUACGUGUGCGAGGAGUGCGGCUGCACGUCUGAGAGCCAGGAGGGCCAUGUCCUGCACCUGAAGGAGCGCCACCCUGACAGCCCGCUGCUGCGCAAGACCUCCAAGAAGGUGGCCGUGGCCUUGCAGGACACCGUCACCUCCCUGCUGCAGAGCAGUCACCACCUCUGAGCAGUGGUGCCCUGGCUUGGGCAGCCCCGAGAAGGCGAGGGCCGCCUCCCUGCCGCCCGGCCAGCCCGCCCUCUGCGGCCUCCUGCCGGAGCGCCAGUGACCUGGCGUGGAGCCCGUGGGCACGCAUGCUCGCUCGGGCCGGUGCUGACCUCUGCUCGCAUUUGCGUCGGUGUUUGGGGGGCAGAGGCCGCUCUGAGCCCGGGCAGA